AUGCCGCGCAAAGUAUUUCACGCCAUCCGACAAUUGUACGGGUACAUGUCGUUCAACGAACGGCGCUUCGGCAUCCUCACCACAUUCUCGGCAACGUACCUCUUCAAACGAGAUGACGAAGACACACUCUACAUUUCCAAGGGCAUCGCUGCCAACCAACUCGUCCCGCUGACACUCCUUGAAGCCAUCACACGGCUCCUGCUGAACGACAAUCCACCUGCUGAAGAAGACCUUCCGCAAGCGGAGCCGACUUGCACAAGACAAUCCAAAGCAAAGCCAAGCCGCGGGGACAACGACCAGAACGCCAGCAUCGUCGCCACCGAGCUGGACGAGAUCCCCGUGGCCAUCAAAGCCGUCGACACGUGCAAGAGACCCGAAUUGCUGGACGAACUGUACCGCGAAUGCGACGCGUACACGGCCCUCGAGGCUGUCCAGGGCGACUGCAUCCCCAUCCUUGUUCGCCCUGCACCCGUGGUGCUCUGGGAAGGCAUGUUGGACGGUCUGGUACUUUCCUUGAUCACAGGACGGACGUUGGAAGAGAUGGGAAUGGAUGGGAUCGCGACCAUCCCUCUCGAGUGUCGAGUGCAGGCCGUCCGAGACUUGCGCGAGAUCCACUCGCUGGGUGUCUUGCACGGAAGCUUGGCCAUGCGCAACCUCAUUUGGUGCCAAGACGGCCGUCCGCGCAUUUUCUUUGUCGACUUCGGCCGGGCUAUCGCGUCGGGGGACAUCAGCGAUGGUCAAUUCAAGAGCAAAGAGUAUGCGCUUCGUUGCAUACUUCAGAUCCACGAAAACGGCGAUGCAAUUCCCGUCGAAUGCGUUCGUUAGCAUCGGCGAGAUCCAAAGUCCGUCGAUGUGACCCCAAGCGCCAUUCAGUUUACAGCGUCGUGACGUCAUGUUUUUAAGAUUACCGAGUUGCAUAUGUG